AUGGCGCCCGUGAUCCCCUACACGUACAUACAAUGUCCCUGCUCCGACCUCUCGCCUCCCGACCUCCCAGACAGCCCUCAGCCGCAGGACUCCUCCGACGAUGAGCGAUCAUUUGACCCCCGUGCCCCUCGAUCCAACUUCAGCCUCUAUCCCCUCGAGCACCUCCUCUACUGCGAAGAUUGCCAGCAGAUUCGAUGUCCUCGAUGUGUCAAUGAGGAGGUAGUCACAUACUACUGCCCCAACUGCCUGUUCGAGGUCCCUAGCAGUAACCUCCGCAGCGAGGGCAACAGGUGUACACGAAGCUGCUACCAAUGUCCCGUAUGCAUCGGUCCCCUCCAGGUCAUGGCGCUGGCGCCUACAGACCCGGCCCAUCUCGCAACAGACGCCUCGUCCCACGCCCACGGCCCGUACGCUCUCUUCUGCCAGUACUGCAACUGGACCUCGACCGAGAUCGGCAUCGACUUUGACCGCCCCAGCGGCAUCCACUCGCAGCUAUCCAAGAUCAACAACGGCGGUGACCUCAAGCUCACGGCAAAGGAGUUCAAGGAGCGGCGCAAGGAGAACCCGGAGGAGCCACCGCCAGCGGAUAACGAUGUCGACACAGAUCUUCAGUUUGCCAACCUCAAGUCGUUUUACCAGGCGCAGUUGGCGGAUGCGAAUGCUUCACUGGGUGGUAUGUCUCUGCUCAAUGACAACGUCGGCUUCUCGUCCCCUGCAGCGCUAUCUAGGAUAAUGUCCAUCUAUACCGGGCAUGGACACGCCCGGAAGCGCCAGGGUCCUUCAGACGUAAUGCGGGAGGCUCUCAAUACAGAGGAAGGACUUAAGUUGGCGGAUCUAGAUGAGUCUGCCGAAAUCAAGAGGCUACAUCUGGAGGGUUGGGACACUACUGCUUCCAACGAGCAAAACGCCCAGCAGACAGAGGUGAAGCGGUUCCAGGAUGGCCUACGACCGAUACCAUACCUCCUCAGGACUAAACGCUCUAAGCGUUGCUCUGUAUGUCGACACAUCAUCUCCAAGCCAGAAAACAAGGUCACGUCGACGAGAUUCAAGAUUCGCCUUGUCGCAAAGGCCUACAUCCCGACAAUCAGCAUCCGCCCUCUCAAUCCCACAGCCGGACCAAUUCCCACCACCCAUCGUCCGCAGAUCGCCCUAGAGCCACCUCUGAAACCUCUCAACCCCUAUCACUACAUCCUCACGUUCAACAAUCCCAUCUUUGACGGUAUCAAGGUCACGCUUGCGACGCCAAACAGCACGCCUGGCAGGUUCUCUAGCAAGGUGACCAUUCUGUGCCCUCAGUUCGAGGUUGGGGCCAACACGGACAUGUGGGAUGACGCUCUCAAGGAUGAUGACCGAGACAAGAGGCGAAAGGGUGAAGACAGCAAUGGUCAGCCUGAAGCUGGUAAGAUCUGGGAACGCGGCCGGAACUGGGUGAGCAUCAUCUUGGAAGUGGUUCCUGCGCCACUACGCCCAGAGGACUUGGUUGGCGACAAGGUGGACAAGAGUCCACUGAGAGAGGAUGAGGAUGUUUUGGAGAUACCCAUGUUUGUCAGGAUGGAAUGGGAGGCCGACUCUCAGCAGGACGUCGGCACAGCGCCUGGGAAGGACAAGGACGCUCGGGAGAAGAAAGAGCUAGCAUACUGGUGCGUGCUAGGAGUUGGCCGCAUCAGACAAGAGUGA